AUUUCAUAUUAUUUCAUAUGUGCUAGGAUGCAGAGGACUGCCAGAAGCUCCAAGUCCAAAACAAAUUAAAAUUUCGACACACUGGCCCCAGCCGAAUUGAAUUAUGAUAAUUUUGGCAUCCAGAGCAUGCAACAACAUUGGAAAUUCCAGACAGCUUGCUCAUCGACUGAUUUCCUUGGACCGAUAUGGAAGGAAGCCCUGCCAAAACUUUUUCUCUGCGAAAUACUUCAAACAAAUAAGCAAAGCAUCCAAAAGAGAAGUAUUCACAAAAAAUGGACUUCCUGCUAAAUGGACAAUAGGGAUUGGACUUGUCAGUGGAAUAUCUGCCCAAACGUUGAUUAGGUCCUCCAAUGUGAUUGUGUUUUGCGCUGACAAGAACAAAGCCUCUACUCGAUUAGUUGGCACCAAAGAUGAAAAUUCUGACGGGAAAGAUCCUCCAUUUGAUUGGAAGAAAUUGUUUUCCCUCCUUGGUCCACACAUAUGGCACCUGCUCGCUGCCAUUGCUGCUUCAUUUGUGGUUGCUGCUCUCAAUAUCCAAAUCCCACAAGUUCUGGGCAGUGUUGUAAAUGUGAUGACUGCUGUUAUGUCAGGAAAAAUAGUGGAGAAUUUUGCUUUGGCAAUCCAGGCUCCAGCAAUGAAAUUGGUGAAACUGUACCUUGCUCAGUCUGUGUUCACUUUUGCAUACAUUUACAUGCUGUCCAGUGUUGGAGAAAGGGUUGCCGCCCAACUUAAAAAAGAACUUUUCGCUUCGAUCCUUCGACAAGACAUAAGCUUUUUUGACAAGCACAGAACUGGAGAAAUUGUCAACAGACUUACCACAGACAUCCAAGACUUCAAAAGUUCCUUUAAAUUGUGUAUUUCUCAGGGGUUGCGUAGCUUCACUCAGAUUGUUGGAUGCGCCGCAUCAAUUAUGUUUAUUUCGCCCCAAAUGACUGUCGGCAUGCUUUUAGUGAUGCCAUCCAUUGUGGUUGUCGGAACAAUAUUUGGAUCCGUGCUCAGAAAAUUUUCACGAGAGGCACAAAUUCAGAUCGCCCAGUCGACCUGUGUGUGUGAAGAAGCAAUCAGCAACAUGAGGACUGUCAGGGCUUUUGCCAUGGAGAGCCAAGAACAAGAAUUGUUUGCCAGAGAAACGGAUCUGGCUUGCAAACUGAACGAGCGGCUUGGUGUGGGCAUCGGCCUGUUUCAAGGAGGCACCAACUUUUUCCUCAAUGGUCUUGUGCUCGGCACUCUUUGGGUUGGAGGAAAGCUGAUCGCCUCCAAUCAGAUUGAGGCUGGAGACCUGAUGGCCUUUUUAGUGGCUUCGCAGACCAUUCAGAGGUCAGUGGCUCAGCUGUCCCUGCUCUUUGGACACCUUGUUAGAGGCCUUGGCGCUGGCGCCAGAGUUUUUGAGUACAUCAAAUUGGAGCCUAACGUUCCGCUCACAGGCGGAAAGAAAAUCCCAUAUCACUCUCUGUUUGGAGAUGUUUCGUUUGAGAAUGUGACUUUCGCCUAUCCAACCAGAGAAGGCCAACCAGUGCUCAAAGAUUUUUCUUUGAAAGUUCCUGCUGGAAAGGUUGUAGCCAUUGUUGGCUCCUCUGGUGGCGGAAAAUCAACCAUAGCGUCUUUGCUUGAGAGAUUUUAUGAAGUUGAUGAAGGCCGCAUCACUCUGGACGACUUUGAUAUCAGGAAAUUAGAUCCUUCCUGGCUCAGGGGAAGGGCUAUUGGUUUCAUUAAUCAGGAGCCAGUUCUUUUUGCUACUUCAAUCAUGGAAAAUAUUCGUUACGGAAGGCCUAACGCAACUGAUCUUGAGGUUAUUGCAGCAGCUCGCUUGGCGAAUGCUGAUGGGUUUAUCAACUCUUUCCCUCUAGGCUAUAACACAGUUGUCGGGGAAAGAGGAGCAACGAUUUCUGGUGGUCAGAAGCAGAGGAUUGCAAUCGCUAGAGCUUUGCUAAAAAAUCCUUCCAUCCUUAUCCUUGACGAAGCGACAAGCGCCCUCGACACAGAGUCAGAAAGGAUUGUGCAAGAAGCGCUUGAUCAAGUUGUUCACGGUCGCACAACUAUUGUGAUUGCCCACCGUCUGAGUACGAUUCGAAACGCUGAUAUUAUUGCUGUGGUUGCUAAUGGACAUGUUGUGGAGUUGGGAGAUGACAUUUCUCUGCGAAGAAAGAGGGGACUUUACUGGACCUUGGUGCAGCAACAAGAAAGACAGGAACUUGAAGAUGCUACUUCUAACAGACCCCCUCAAUCAGGUUGAUUUAUCUACUGCGCUGGCGCACUUGUUAAAUUUAUUUUAUUUGAAACAUUUCUGUUUUUGUAUUAAGUAAAGCUUUACAGGCAAACAUUAAGAAUAUGUUACAAUGGUGACGAUAUAAUUUUUGAGAAUAUUCUCUAAAGUUAAAAAGUAAACGGCAACCUGGGAAAUUUUUGCUUUUCCUUGAUUUAAGUUACUAAUUUUAGUAUCUGUAAAAAGGGUUUUUCACAAAUUCCCUGUAAAGCUUUACUUUAAUAUGUCCCGGUUGUAUUGUUUACAUGGUUUUGUUGAUACUGAGGAUGGUUGGUCAGUUGGACUGCACUUUCCUUUCAGCUAGAAUAAGUGGUCCAGUUUUACGUUCCACACAAAACAAAUUAAAAAGGAAUCUUGCAGUGGCAUAGUUAUUCUGGUGGAUGUACAAUAUUUUGGGAAUUCAACGUUCCUCCACCCCAAGUUUAUUUUAUUUUUUGAGUCUUUAAAAAAUCGUUUUGGCCAGGUAAAACCAUUUCCCCAUUCACACAUACUGCAUCACUUAUUCUGGAACAUUGUAUUACAAAGCUCUGCAGCUGUGAGAUUAAAAUAAAGAAGUAUUUAUUUAAAAUAAA